GAGUGGCAUUUGUUGGAAGAGUUUGUGAGACCUUCUCCCUGCUCAGAGCCCCAGGACCAAUGCAUCUUUCCAGCACCUUACACCACUGAGCAGUACAGAGCCCCAGUUGCAGAAGACUUGGCUUGUCACCACCAUGAGCUCUGAAUGUGACGUGGGUGCUUCCAAAGCCGUGGUGAAUGGGUUGGCACCGGGCAGCAAUGGGCAAGAUAAAGACAUGGAUCCUACAAGAAUCUGCACUGGGAAGGGAGCGGUGACUCUCCGGGCCUCGUCCUCCUACAGGGAGAUCCCAAGCAGUAGCCCUGUGAGCCCCCAGGAGACCCCAAAGCAGGAGAGGAAAACAGUUCUGGAGUCAGAGAAUUCCUCAGCAGAUGAGUGGAGGCUUUCUUCCAAUGCCGAUGCCAAUGGAAAUGCCCAGCCCUCUUCACUCGCUGCCAAGGGCUACCGAAGUGUGCAUCCCAGCCUUCCCUCCAGCAAGCCCCAGGACUCGAGUCCUCUAUUAAAUGAAGUUUCUUCAUCCCACGCUGGAACUGAUUCCCAGACCUUUGCAUCAGUUAGCAAGCCAUCAUCUGCCUACCCCUCCACGACAAUUGUCAAUCCCACUAUUGUGCUCUUGCAACACAAUCGAGAACAGCAGAAACGACUCAGUAGCCUUUCAGAUCCUGCCUCGGAAAGAAGAGCGGGAGAGCAGGACUCGGCACCAGCUCAGGAAAAACCCACCUCCCCCGGCAGGGCUGCUGAGAGGAAGGCGAAGGACGACAGCCGGCAGGCGGCCGAGAGCACUCAGGACCUAGGCGAUGUUUGCAUGGAUGAAGUGGGCAUCCCACUCCGGAACACCGAGAGAUCAAAAGACUGGUACAAGACCAUGUUUAAACAGAUCCACAAACUAAACAGAGAUGAUGACUCAGAUCUGUAUUCUCCUCGAUAUUCCUUUUCCGAAGACACAAAAUCUCCCCUUUCUGUGCCUCGCUCAAAAAGUGAGAUGAGCUGCAUUGAUGGUGAGAAGGUAGUUAAGAGGUCGGCCACACUUCCCCUCCCGACCCGCUCUUCCUCACUAAAAUCAAGCCCAGAGAGGACUGACUGGGAGCCCCCAGAUAAGAAAGUGGAUACAAGAAAAUACCGCGCAGAGCCCAGAAGCAUUUACGAGUAUCAGCCGGGCAAGUCCUCUGUUCUGACCAACGAAAAGAUGAGUCGGGAUAUAAGUCCAGAAGAGAUAGAUUUAAAGAAUGAACCUUGGUAUAAAUUCUUUUCGGAAUUGGAGUUUGGGAAACCGCCUCCCAAAAAGAUAUGGGAUUAUACUCCUGGAGACUGCUCUAUCCUUCCUAGAGAGGAUAGAAAGACUAAUCUAGAAACUGAUCUCAACCUCUGCCAAACAGAGUUAGAGGCAGAUUUAGAAAAAACGGAGACGCUUAAUAAAGCACCCAGUACAAACCUGUCACAGAGCUCAGCAAUCAGCCCGACUCCAGAAAUUUCUUCAGAGCCUCCUGGAUAUGUAUAUUCUUCCAACUUCCAUGCGGUGAAGAGGGAAUCUGAUGGGGCUCCUGGGGAUCUCACCAGCUUGGAGAAUGAGAGGCAGAUUUAUAAAAGUGUCCUGGAAGGAGGAGACAUCCCCCUCCAGGGCCUGAGCGGGCUCAAGCGGCCAUCCAGCUCAGCCUCCACUAAAGUGGAUCAUAAAGGUGGGAAUGCUCACAUGAUUUCUUCAUCUUCAGCUCAUAGCCGAGCAGCUCACAGUAGCAGUGCGUUAGGCCCAGGGUGUAAGCACAAGAAGCCCCUGUCCGCCGCGAAAGCCUGCAUUUCGGAAAUCCUCCCCUCCAAAUUCAAACCCAGGCUCUCUGCUCCCAGCGCUCUCUUGCAGGAUCGGAAGAGCAUCCUUCUGUCGUCAGAAAAGGCUCAGAGCUGCGAGAAUCUUUGUGUCUCGGGUUCUCUGAACGACUCCAGAAGAGGCCUCCCCCUGCCAGUGGGGGGCAGCGUGGAGAACCUGCUCAUGCGCUCGCGGCGGGACUACGACGGCCGCUCAAGCAGCACGCUGAGCCUGCAGGAGUUUGGCGCAGCCGCCAGGAGGCCUUGUCCGCUCUCGAGGAAGGCCGGCCCGCAGUUUACCAUGCUCUACCGCGACAUGCACCAUAUCAAUCGGGCCGGACUCUUCCUGGGGUCCGGCCCCUCCUCCAGCGUGCGGGAUCUGGCCUCCCACUUCGAGAGGAGCGGCCUGGCGUUGGCCCGGGGCGAGCUGGGCCCCAGCCAGGAGGGCUCGGAGCACAUCCCCAAGCACACUGUCUCCUCCCGCAUCACGGCUUUCGAGCAGCUGAUUCAGCGUUCCCGGUCCAUGCCGUCCCUGGAUCUGUCCGGCAGGCUAAGCAAGUCCCCUACACCCGUGCUGGCCCGGAGCGGCCUCGUGUCCGCCCGCUCGGCCGAGUCCCUCCUGGAGUCAACCAAGCUCCGGCCCCGGGAGGUAGACGGGCUGAGCUCCGGGAGCAUCAUCUAUGCCUCCCCGACGUGUAGCCGGAUGGCGGACUCCGCUUUGGGCUUCCGGGGCCUUGUGCCUUCCGAGCCCCUCUCCGCCUGCUCGGACGAGCUGGACCGCUGCUCCAACGUGUCCAGCGACAGCCGAGAGGGCAGCAGCGGCAGCGUUCACGGGGACUUCCCCAAACACCGCCUCAACAAGUGCAAGGGCACCUGCCCGGCCUCCUACACCCGCUUCACCACCAUCCGCAGGCACGAGCAGCAGCAGGCCUCCCGGCGGCCCGACUGGCGCCCAGAUCCCCGAGGGGACAAGGGCACGCUCCUCAGGAACAUCUACCUAAUGAGCCCCCUCCCCUUUCGGUUGAAAAAGCCCCUCCAGCACCCCCUCAGACAGCCUGGCCCCGGGGACUACUCGGGCCAGAAGCCAGAGCCCCCCAGUCAGCCCCAUCGGGACGAAGCCCCCUCUGGGGGGAGGCCCUCGGUGCCCAAACGCCUGUCUUCCCGGCUCACCAUGGCCCGGCUGAGCCGGAUCUCAGAGCCCCCUCAGGAGAGACCCGCGACCCCGGAGGUCUGCCCGCGGGCGUUUAGUAACGGGAACUCUGUGCCGUACUCAGACCAGGGCCUGGACAGAAACAACAACCCCCACGGGGAGCUGGGGGCGCCCCUCGGAGAUUCAGAGUCACCAAGGCAUUUUAUACCAGCUGAUUACUUGGAAUCCACAGAAGAAUUUAUUCGACGGCGUCAUGAUGAUAAAGAGAAACUUUUAGCGGACCAGAGACGACUUAAACGCGAGCAAGAAGAAGCCGAUAUCGCAGCUCGGCGCCACACGGGCGUCAUUCCAACGCACCAUCAAUUUAUCACUAAUGAGCGCUUUGGGGACCUCCUCAAUAUAGACGAUACGGCAAAAAGGAAAUCUGGGUCAGAGAUGAGACCUGCCAGAGCCAAGUUUGACUUUAAAGCUCAGACACUAAAGGAGCUUCCUCUGCAGAAGGGAGACAUCGUUUACAUUUAUAAGCAAAUUGAUCAGAAUUGGUACGAAGGAGAGCAUCACGGCCGGGUGGGGAUCUUCCCCCGCACCUACAUCGAGCUUCUUCCUCCUGCUGAGAAGGCUCAGCCCAAAAAACUGGCACCAGUACAAGUUCUGGAAUAUGGCGAAGCCAUCGCCAAGUUUAACUUUAACGGUGAUACCCAAGUAGAGAUGUCCUUCAGAAAGGGCGAGAGGAUCACACUGCUUCGACAGGUGGACGAGAACUGGUACGAAGGGAGGAUCCCAGGCACGUCCCGGCAAGGCAUCUUCCCCAUCACCUAUGUGGAUGUGAUCAAACGGCCACUGGUGAAAAACCCCGCAGACUACACCGACCUGCCUUUCUCCUCCUCCCCAAGUCGUAGCGCCACUGCAAGCCCUCAGUUUUCUGGUCACAGCAAGCUGCUCAUGCCAGCCCCCUCAUCUCUGCCCCACCCCCGCCGAGCCCUGUCCCCGGAGAUGCACGCUGUCACUUCUGAGUGGAUCUCAUUGACUGUAGGGGUCCCGAGCAGGCGUCCUCUGGCCCUGACCCCACCCUUGCCUCCUCUGCCCGAGGCUUCUAUCUACAGCAGUGACCCCCUGGCCUUGUUUGCAAGGCCCAGCUCCUCGCUGCCCCUUAGCCUUCCCCACUCGGGCUGGUCGGACCGGCCCACCCCACAUUCAGCGGUCUCCCCGCUGGCCCUGCCGCCUCCGCACAAAGCCCACUCCCCAGCUCCCGGGGCCCAGGCCUCCCUCCACGUCAACGGAGACAGUGGUACCUAUGUGCCACCUCCGGGGGUCCUCCAGGAUAGCUUCUCCCAGCCAUGGCUUGGGCGAUCUGACAGGGUCAUCUCGGAGCUUAGCGACGCCUUUAGCAGCCAGGGUAAGCGGCAGCCAUGGCGAGAUGGAAAUGGAGCGCGUGAGAGGAAAGCAGAGAGGGAGGCGGGUGAGAGAUGCCCAGGUGGACCCGCCAUCUCUAAGAAGAGCUGCUUGAGGCCGUCAGACGUGGUCAGGUGCCUGAGCACCGAACAGAGACUCACAGACCUCCACACCCCAGAGGAGAGCCGGCCCCGCCAGCAGCCCCUGGGGGGCCCUUUCUCGGGAAGGGAGGCUGAGCGCUCAGAGCUGCAGAGAGGUGGUGAGCCGGCCGAGAGGAAGGCCGCUCGGACGGGUGCGAGCCAGGAAGCAGUUUGCAAUGAGAUCAUAAACAUUGCCGAAAAAUCUGUUCAUUACUGCAGCACUGUUUCUCAUCCCCUUGACUUUCAUCACAAGGUAUCCCCUUCUGACAAUAAAUCAUCUUUAAUCAUUUCUCAGCAACCUCAAGCCCAGCAGCGAAGAGUCACCCCAGACAGGAGUCAAACCUCCCAGGAUUUAUUUAGCUACCAAGCAUUGUAUAGCUAUAUACCACAGAAUGAUGAUGAAUUGGAACUCCGAGAUGGAGAUAUUGUUGAUGUCAUGGAAAAAUGUGACGAUGGGUGGUUUGUUGGUACUUCAAGAAGGACAAGGCAGUUUGGUACUUUCCCAGGCAACUAUGUAAAGCCUUUGUAUCUAUAAGAAGACUGAAAACUACAGAGAUGAUUUUUAUUGGAGGACGAAGCAUAAUUCAUGAAUUGGUCUCUUUAUUUAAAUGUUGAGUCAGUAGGAAAACUAAUGCAGUGGAUAAAGUAAGAAGCAAAAGAGAGGACAGAGAAGUGUUGUAUUUAAAACCUGAGCCUGUCGAAGCUUACUGCGUGUAUCGGACAGGGCUGAACCAUGCGAAAAAGGAAUGAGGCAAGUCGGUAUUUACUUAGCUGCUUCUGGGAGCCAUGCCAGCCCUGCCCUCCUCUUCCCAGCUUGGGUAACCUGAUCUGGAGUACGGUCCCAGAGCAGUUAAGCCAGAACUGCCUCUUGCUGCUUCAGGCUUGACCAGCUUUGGCUCAAAAGGGUCAUUUAGCCUGCAGGUGCCCUCGGAGCACCAGGCAGAUCCCCAGCCAUCCUCCAAGGCUCCACACGGACUCCUCCAGUUGCCCUGGAGCCUCCUGGUCCCCUAACACUGCUACAGAUCAGUUGGGCCCACCGAGGCAAUCCCUACACAGUGGUGGAGACCCCAAACAACCCAAGGCCAAGUGCCCCACUGGAGGUAGGUAGGGAAGUAGAGGUCAGAGAAGGCGCUCCAUGCACUCAGCAUGCAUGCAGCGUUACCAUUGACGCCCCUGGUGUUCAGACAGAAAAGCACACAAGGCUUGCCCCUGGAGCAGGGUGGUCGGGCAGAUAGUUCCAUUUGUAUUUCCAGGUGAUUAAGGCGAGAAGCCUGUAGCUCUUGAGGUCCCCUGCCAUAUGGCUCCUUCCAUAUCAUUGGCUUUUAUAAGCAGUCACUUUCUGGGCAGCAUAGUGUCAUUUACAGAAUGCCAUUGCUACCCUUACUUUUCUGGAUUGUUUUAGGCCAGGACAGUUGGGGGUUGACAGGCUUAUUCUUAGAACAAGGAAUGGUGUUCAGUGACUCAACGUAACACACACUGAUGUAUACUGGAUGCCUGGGGCCACCAAUGAGCAAGGCGUGCUCCAAGCCUUAGAAAGGGUUCACCACAUCUCCAUUUUCACCAUGUAUCCCCCUAGGAGCCCGACGACCACUCAGAAUGUAGGAAUCCAGGGUUAUGUAUCCUGACACACCCUGUGGGGCUUCCCUUUAGAAGGUGCAACUGCAGUGGCCCUACAUUUGAGGCUGUAAUUCUGCUACUUUCAGGAGGUCUGUCUUUUGUAGGGGGGCCAGAGCCAAGAAGGGAGGCCUCUGUGAUGCCUGGGGUGUACAGUCACAACUUUAUCCAAUUCAAGGAUGUUUAUAGACCUCUGUUAGACACCUUAGAGAGAUAAAGAUAGAAAUGACCCAUUUUCCUGCCUGCUGGGAACUCAGAGGUGAUUGGAGAGACAGACACACAAAAAUACUGAAUCAAGAGAGACUGCGAUAUGUGCUAAGAAGGGUGUGAGAGGAAGAGAUGAAUUUUCCCUGUCGGGAUCCUAGAAAGCAUUGUCAUAUAUCUCUCUCCAUUAGCUCACUUUUGAACAACUAGGAUGCUGGAAGAACCUUUGUCCGAGGGUAGUUUGUGGCUGGAAAUAUUUAGACCUGCUUCCAGGGUCUUCCAACUCUGAUCCUCCCCACAAAUCCACAUUCGAGGUCAUAAACAGGAGAAGCAGUUCCAGGUUGAUAGGGUUGUGUACAGGACUCCUGGCUCUCUGCAGGUAGCUCAGAAUUGGCCUGAGGUCCCAAAGUCUGGAAUCUUUCCAAGUGGGCAGAGUUCAUCUUCAGUGCCUCAGCUUCUGUCUCCAUUACGCAUCUUAGAACCUCGUAUCAGCUGACCACCCUUCAGACAACCACAGUUCCCUCACUCCCUCUCCUCCAAGUCCUGCUCUCAGGAAAGCAACUGCCGCUGACUCCUUCACACUGAAGUGUAAAUGACGGAUGAGAAGAAUGUGUUACUUCUUCCCAGAAACAUUAGAACAGAUCACAGAGCCUUAAUUCCCAGGGGAAAGGCUGUGGAACCAAUGGUGGAGGGUGGGGCUGGGGAGUGCAGGUGAGGGUGGAUGAGCUUCCUGUGUAGAAAGGGACUUCUUGCUAUUCCUUAAGUAAGACGCAUUGCUUUGGAAGGUCCACCUCACCAUCCAAGGGCGCUCGUUUCUGUCCUCCCUCUUCGAAUAUAGACCCCGUGCAUAUUCACAUACACUUUGCACAACAGCGUUUCACCUGUUUUGGAAUGUAAUUCUUAUAUUGGCUAAUGUGUUUCCUAGUCUUUCUUAGAUGCAAACCAUAACACGACUUUAUCUGUUUUUUGAGGGGGUGCUUAUUAAGUAGGUAAUUUUGAACACCUCUUUAAAUACAGCUAGAAAAUAAACCAAUUUGUAAAGCCACAUUUGCAUAUGACGCCAGCCUCCCGACUUUGUUUAUCUCCAGAAUCCCAGGUAUGCCUCACCAGUUUGCCCGUCUUUAAUAAACUCAUCUGUUAAAAUCUGCAUCAAACUUCAGCUUCCUAUGUAUGACAAAACAAGGAACAAAGGGUUCCAAUUGCUCCUUUGUCUUCACACAUUUAGUAAUACAAAAUACCUAUUUUUAUGCUGAGAUAUUUAUACAGGUUUAUUAAUCGCAAGUGCAACUAACUGGCGGCAUGCCCUGCAACACAUUGUAAUAGAUUAGCCAUGCUUCUGGGUAAAGGCAAGCCCUACACUACUUAUCUUUUGCAGUCUCUCUGGGAUCAGUAAGAGAAAAAAAAAAUCACAUGCUUAAGAAAUGGGACUGUAAAUAUGUAUAUUUAACUUUGUAUAGCCCAUGUACCUACUUUGUAUAGAAAAAUAAUUUUAAAAAUCUGAACUGAAGGGGAGGGGGGUAUAAUAAGGAAGUCAUGAAGUUUUUUGCAUAUUUAAAUGAAGGAAUUCCAAAUAACUUACCUGCAGAUUUUUAGCACAAAAAUACCACUGUAAAGUGUUAUAAUUUUAAAUAAUCAUUCUUUCUGGGAGAGAAAGUAACUGUUAUCUCGGUUAUAGUGUUUUCUUCUUAUUUCAUUUUUGAUUUUUUUUUUUUUGCAGUCCUAUUUAUCUGCAGUAGUAUUAAGUCCUAUUGCUAGGUUACUACAAAAAAGAUUAUAUUCUGAAAGAAAAAUAACUGACAUUAUAUAUAACCAAUUAAUUUAAAGUAUUGCCAUUUAAAUUACACACCAAGAGCAUGUACCAUGCAGACACAGAUUUUUCUGUUCAUCUAUUUUUCUUUAUGCAGUGGAUCAAUUUGACAAAUAGAUGUUGAAUUACUACAUUGGCUGUACAUAUUAUUUAAUAAACUUCAUUCAAAAUUGUGUGGCA